AUGAAUAUGAAAACUCAUCAUGAUUCAAAUAAUAUAUUAGAAGAAAAUAAAUUUUUAUCAAAUAGUCAUCUUAUAAAAUAUGACAAUGAAAUACUGAAAUAUUUUCGAAUAUGGCGAUGUGAUCGAGGUCUUCCUAUUCGAACUAAGUAUGAUAAACUCAUAUGUCUAUGUUCACCUAGUUAUUAUGGAGUUCAAUGUCAAUAUCAAAAUCAACAUGUUAGUCUUACUUUGCAGAUACAAGCAAUGGCUGAUUUUCAUAUGGUAUUUACUAUUGUUAUUUUGUUAAUUGAUAAAGAAGAUCAAAUUAAUUCAUAUGAACAUUUUAAUUAUUUAGAAAUUCGAGAUGGUAGUAAAAAAUUUAAUAUAUAUCUAUUGUAUUCAACUCGACCAAAAGAUACUACAAAGAAUUAUUCUGUUCAUAUAGAUGCAUUUAAUGCGAAAUUUUUAGAGCAUCAUACUAGUUGUUUAUAUCCGCUUGAGUUUUUAUUUUUGCCUGUUCAUUGUUUAUCAAUUCAAUUAAUUGUUCCAAUAUUUAUUUCUGAAAUUGCAAAAUGCACGCGCUUCAAUGUUAGUCAGGCUCACAAUGUUCUAUCAAACAUGAAACAUAUAAUUGUUCAUCCGAUUCAUUUUACAUUGGGUCAAAUAUAUGUAUACGUAUGUCCACUUGGAAAAUAUGGUGGACAAUGUUCAUUAACGCAAUCUAUUUGUUCUAAAGAUAUUUGUAAAAAUUUUGGACAAUGUAUACUAUUCGAUGAACGUAGCAUGAAUAAUCAAUGGUACUGUAUUUGUAAAGAAAGCUAUUCUAAUAAACAAUGUGAUACAACUGAUAGAAAGAUUAUAGUCUCUUUUUAUGACACCGAAAUUCUAUUAUCAUUCUUAAUACAUUUUAUUUAUGCACCAGGUGAUAAACCUCAUGAACGUACAACAACAUUUAUCAAAGUUUUAUUUCAUUAA